GUAAGUGGUCCCGAGGUACUUUGUGAAAUCCAGGGGCAUAUAAACAAUGAUCUUGAAGACGGCCACACCAACCUACUCCUAGAAGUCCACAACACCAUCUCCCGAAUCUCAGACAAUUAUACCUGAGCCACGCACGGUCCCCCCAGUAUUCUUUCUACCUUACCAUCCAAUCCUGACAUGGCACCGCGUUCCCGUGUCUGGCUCAUAACAGGCUGCUCCUCUGGCUUCGGCCUGCACUUGGCCCAAACUGCUGCCGCCCGCGGUGACCAUGUGCUCGCUACCUCGCGCAACCCGGACAAGAUCAAGGGUUUCGUAGACCAGCAGAACAUCAAGCUCGUCCGUCUUGACCACAACGAUGAGCUCCCCAAGAUCAAAGAAACCAUCAACGAUAUCAUUUCCGCCCACGGCUCCGUCGACAUCGUCGUCAACAACGCCGCCUACGUCCAAACGGGCACCAUCGAAGAAGCCUCGCCAGACGACACCCUCCGCCAGUUCCAAGCCAACCUCUUCGGCCCGCUAAACCUCUACCGCGCCGUGCUCCCCCACCUCCGCGGCCAAGGCCACGGCACGCUGGUCACCAUCGGCUCCAUGGCGGCCUGGUACCCGAUGGCCAGCGGCAACUUGUACAACGCCUCCAAGGCGGCGCUACGCUGGGCGGCGCUGGGGCUGGCCGACGAGGUGCGCGGGUUCGGCAUCCGGCACUGCCUCGUCGAGCCGGGCUUCUUCCGCACGGGGCUGCUCACGCCGGGCGCCAACCUGGCGGGCACGCCGCCGACGACGCGCCUGGCCGAGUACGACGAGAUCAACCGGGUGGCGGAUGGCAACUUUCGUCUAUUUGACGGCAAGCAGCUAGGGGACCCGGUGAAGGGCGCCGCGGUCAUCUACGAGGUCGUCACGGGGACGGGGGUCGCGGAGGGCAGGGCCCUGCCCGAGUUUCUGCCGCUCGGGAGUGACGCCACCGGUGAGAUUUCCAAGGCCGCGCGAAAGACGUUGGAAGAGGUCGAAGAAUGGCAGUCUGUUAGCGUGUUGACGGACUUUCCUCAGGGGCAGUAGGUAGGCAAGGGGCCAUGACCGUGCUGGGUAGAUGAUGGGUUCAAAAUAAGGAGCGUUAAAACAAUAAAGAAAGAAACCAGUGCCAGCGGGGACAGGUACCACACGGCAUAGUUCUUUCUUUGUAUAUUGGGGUCCUGUUCCGCACCCAUUCCCAUGCGACCUUUGAAGUGUACCCUUCAUGCAUUGUGGCGUGGGUUUGGUGUCCCCUUGUUCCGGCUCUGACUAGUAACAGUUUCUCUCUUACACCAUUAGGAUACCC